GAAGGAAAGAGGAGGAGAGAGGAGGAGGAGAGUGGAGGAAGAGGAGGAGAGAGGAGGACGGUUUGAAAGCGAACAGCUUGCAGAAGGGGCAGGUGGAAGUGAACGUGAACCCACCUCCGCUUGGCGGUCUACAGAACGGACCUCGGUGGAAAACCGGUUUUAACCUCAAUUGAGAAUUAAUUUAUAAACAAAACAACACAAACUACAUGAAUCUCGGCUGUCCGUAGGAAGUCGCCCCCCUGCAGCAAGACAAAUGGAAGACGCUCACACUAAAUCCGCGUCCGAAGUUUUAAAGCACUUCGACGUGAACGAAAACACCGGACUGACGACGGAACAAGUCAAAGCCAAUUUCGAGAAAUAUGGACCGAACGAACUCCCAGCAGAGGAAGGGAAGUCUCUCUGGGAGCUGGUGGUGGAGCAGUUUGAGGAUCUCCUUGUCAGAAUUCUGCUGCUCGCUGCCUGUGUGUCAUUCGUGCUGGCACUGUUUGAGGAAGGCGAGGAGUCCACUACAGCUUUUGUGGAGCCUGUAGUCAUCCUGCUCAUCCUGGUUGCCAAUGCGGUCAUUGGAGUUUGGCAGGAGCGUAAUGCGGAGAAUGCCAUCGAAGCUCUGAAAGAGUACGAGCCCGAGAUGGGCAAAGUGUAUCGCAUGAACCGCAAGGCUGUGCAGAGAAUCAAGGCUCGGGAUAUUGUGCCAGGAGACAUUGUGGAGGUGGCAGUUGGAGACCAGGUGCCUGCUGAUAUCCGAAUCGUCUCUAUAAAAUCCACUACUCUCCGAGUGGACCAGUCCAUCCUCACAGGCGAGUCUGUAUCUGUUAUCAAACACACUGACCCAGUUCCUGAUCCACGAGCGGUUAAUCAAGACAAGAAGAACAUGUUGUUUUCCGGCACCAACAUCGCUUCAGGCCGAGCCAUUGGCGUCGUGGUCUGCACCGGCGUCGCCACAGAGAUCGGCAAGAUCCGUAACCAGAUGGCGAGCACGGAGCAAGAGAGGACACCGCUGCAGCAGAAGCUGGACGAGUUCAGCCAGCAGCUCUCCAAAGUCAUCUCGCUCAUCUGCAUCGCGGUUUGGCUCAUCAACAUCGGCCACUUCAGCGACCCCGUGCACGGCGGCUCCUGGUUCCGCGGCGCCAUCUACUACUUCAAGAUCGCUGUGGCCCUGGCCGUCGCCGCCAUCCCCGAGGGUCUUCCUGCCGUCAUCACCACCUGCCUGGCUCUGGGAACACGCCGCAUGGCCAAGAAGAACGCCAUCGUGCGCUCUCUGCCCUCUGUGGAGACUUUGGGCUGCACGUCAGUCAUCUGCUCUGACAAGACAGGAACGCUUACGACCAAUCAGAUGUCUGUGUGCAGGAUGUUUGUGGUAGACAAAGCAGAUGACUCCCACUGUUCCCUCCAUGAGUUCACAAUCACAGGCUCGACCUAUGCUCCAGAAGGACAAGUGCUGAAAGCUGAUAAACCUGCGAGGUGUGUCGAGUAUGACGGACUUGUCGAACUGGCCACGAUCUGCUCCAUGUGUAAUGAUUCUUCUCUGGACUUCAAUGAGGCAAAAGGAGUCUACGAGAAGGUGGGUGAAGCCACAGAAACGGCGCUCACCACCCUGGUCGAGAAGAUGAACGUCUUCAAUACCGACUUGAACUGCAUCAGCAAAGUGGAGAGGGCAGGAGUUUGUAACGGGGUAAUCAGGAACCUGAUGAAGAAGGAGUUCACCCUGGAGUUUUCUCGGGACAGGAAGUCCAUGUCUGUGUACUGCACACCAACUAAAUCCGGCCCCCAGAGCAAGAUGUUUAUUAAGGGAGCGCCGGAGAGCGUGAUCGAGCGCUGUACACAAGUGCGGGUGGGCACGAAGAAGGUGCCGCUGACGAUGGCUGUGAAGGAAGAGCUGAUGGGGACGAUCAGGGACUGGGGCACAGGCAAGGACACACUGCGCUGUCUGGCACUGGCCACACGAGACACACCUCUUCGCAGGGAACAGAUGGACCUGGAGAACUCGGCCAAGUUCGCAGAGUACGAGUCGGACCUAACCUUCGUCGGUUGCGUGGGCAUGCUGGACCCACCUAGGAAGGAGGUGAUCGGGUCAGUGAAGCUGUGCAGCGAAGCAGGCAUCCGCGUCAUCAUGAUCACAGGAGACAACAAGGGUACGGCUGUGGCCAUCUGCAGGCGCAUCGGGAUCUUCACUGAGAACGAGGACGUAGAGGGCAAGGCGUACACGGGCCGCGAGUUUGAUGACCUCUCCCCCGAGUCGCAGCGUGAGGCGGUGAAAUGUGCGCGCUGCUUCGCUCGCGUCGAACCAGCACACAAAUCCAAGAUUGUGGCCUACUUGCAGUCCUUUGAUGAGAUUACAGCCAUGACCGGCGACGGUGUGAACGACGCUCCCGCUCUGAAGAAGGCAGAAAUUGGCAUCGCCAUGGGCUCUGGCACGGCCGUGGCCAAGUCCGCCUCCGAGAUGGUGCUCUCCGACGACAACUUCUCCACUAUCGUGGCCGCUGUGGAGGAGGGCCGAGCCAUCUACAACAACAUGAAGCAGUUCAUCCGCUACCUCAUCUCCUCCAACGUGGGUGAGGUCGUCUGCAUCUUUCUGACUGCCAUCCUGGGGCUUCCUGAGGCUUUGAUCCCUGUGCAGCUGCUGUGGGUCAAUCUGGUAACAGACGGUCUGCCUGCCACAGCGCUGGGCUUCAACCCCCCAGACCUGGACAUCAUGGUGAAGCCUCCUCGCAACCCCAAAGAGCCGCUAAUCUCCGGCUGGCUCUUCUUCAGAUACCUCGCCAUCGGAGGGUAUGUGGGACUGGGAACAGUGAGUGCUGCCACCUGGUGGUACCUUUAUGAUGAACAUGGUCCACAUGUGUCUUUCCAGCAGCUGCGUCACUUCAUGCAGUGCACCGAGGACAAUCCCAUGUUCGAGGGCAUCAACUGUGAAGUGUUUGAGUCUCGCUACCCCACCACCAUGGCCCUGUCUGUGCUCGUCACUAUAGAGAUGUUUAACGCACUGAACAGCCUUUCAGAAAACCAGUCUCUGCUGAGGAUGCCUCCAUGGGUUAAUAUCUGGCUUUUAGGAGCCAUCCUUCUCUCCCUGUCUCUCCAUUUCCUCAUAUUGUAUGUGGAGCCACUACCACUGAUAUUUCAGGUCACUCCUCUCUGCUGCUCCCAGUGGCUCGUCGUCCUCAAGAUCUCCUUCCCGGUCAUCCUCUUGGACGAGGCGCUCAAGUACUUCUCCCGACACCAUUUAGGGGAAGAGGAGGCGAGGUACAUGAAGGGUCGGCAGCUGAAGUUCUAGGACGGCUCAUCCUGCUCCAGCGCACGCACUCGGACACGCACUUACACUCACUCUGUUUUCCACUGUUUCCCAUGAUAUACCGGGCAGCACUCACACACCCCUGAUCGUCUCUCUUCUCCAAAUCAUCGUACCUGCAGGCCUGGUCACCACUAGAAACAAACUGGGCAGAGAGAGUGCGUCGUGAGCGAGAGAGUGCGUCGUGAGCGAGCGAGUGCGCCGUGAGUGAGCGAGAGCGUCUGCAUGAGAGAGAGUGUAUAGUGUGAGCGAGAGCGUCCGUGUGCGAGAGAGCGUGUAGUGUGAGCGAGAACGUCCGAGUGAGAGAGAGCGUGUUGUGUGAGUAAGUGCGUCCGUGUGUGAGAGAGCGUGUUGUGUGAGCGAGAGUGUGUUGUGUGAACGAGAGCGUCCGUGUGUGAGAGAGCGUGUUGUGUGUGCGAGAGCGUGUUGUGUGAGCGAGAGCGUCCGCGUGUGAGAGAGCGUGUUGUGUGAGCGAGAGCGUCCGCGUGUGAGAGAGCGUGUUGUGUGAGCGAGAGCGUCCGUGUGUGAGAGAGCGUGUUGUGUGAGCGAGAGCGUCCGUGUGUGAGAGAGCGUGUUGUGUGAGCGAGAGCGUCCGUGUGUGAGAGAGCGUGUUGUGUGAGCGAGAGCGUCCGUGUGUGAGAGAGCGUGUUGUGUGAGCGAGAGCGUCUGUGUGUGCGCGAGUGUGUUUGAGCGAGCAAGCGAGUGUGUGUGUGUGCACCUGUGUGUAUGUGUGUGUUGUCUUGUAACAGCACAAGCAUGGCCUCCAUAACACAACGUUGCAUGAUAAACCGUGACAGUUCUUUAAGGAUUCUCUUUUAUUUGGCUUCUUCUUGGCUUCCAUGCAGUUAGAUAUUAGUGCAAUAACCAGACCUGGAACUUAGUGAGCAGGGAAAAGGGCAGAGUUUAAAGGUCGUGUGGUGUUUUGUUUGUGGAAUUAUGAGUUUGGAUCCAGUUCAAGACGCAGAUGGACGGUUCAUUCCAUCACAGAGCCGUGGGAGGUGCAGGAAGAGAAACACCAUCUGGAUAGCUGUGUGUGUGUGUGUGUGUGUGUGUGCUGGGACAGAUGUAAGGCCAGUUUAAUUGACUAGUCACCUGUUGUCUCACCAUGUAAAUCUUUUGUGUGAGGCUCAUGUCCAGAGGUCACAUCACCUCCAUGUUGAAACAGAAGCUUUAAUGUCCCUUUUUUUUAAAAAUAUAAUCUUGUGAAAUGAAACAGUUUGUAUAGAAUUUAUUUUUGGACACCCGAAAUUGCCUCAGCUGGUAAAAUGGCUAAUGGUUAAUGUAAAUAUUAGCUCAGGUGGUGACACUCGAAAUGUUCCUGGACUCUUGGCUGAGUGCCGAAGGUCCUGCGGUGGAAACGCGUCCCGCCGGUCAAAUCCUCAAUAUUGCUCAAAAGCUUUGUAGUUAAAGACUCUCGGUUACUGUUUCCCUCCAUUUUUACAGACGAACAGCUCCAGGGACUCCACAGGCCCGAGUUAGUGAUGUUUACACACAAGAACGUCUUUGUUUUAUUUCCUUGCUCUGAAACGUCCUGCUCGUCCCGUCGUCUGCGUUUUCUCUGGAAUCCUGCCGAGGAGUCGUCUUAACCGAUUCUCUCAGCUCCUUCUCUCGUUCGCCCAUUUUACUCGAAUUUCUCACGAACACUAGUCACCAGGAGCUGCUAGCAAACCCAUGUCCACCGAGAAGGAUUAUUUACUCGGAUUCCUGUUAGGAAGUGAGAGACAGAGGGCGUGGAGCUGUAAGGAAAUCAGACAGUAGAGCAGAACAGUGUACAAGAAGAAUCAGCAAAAAGAAUCAGCUUGUAUAAACAAUACCUGAAGCCUUUUAUGCUAAGAUAGGAAAAUGCACACGCACACACACACACACACACACACACACACACACACACACACACACACACACACACACACAUGUGGUAUGACAUGGUGCCUAUUUGCUUUCAACUAACCUUCAAAACGAAACACACAUUUAAAUAUUUCAGAGCUUAUGAAUGUACAUUCCCUUCCUUAUGAAUGCGAAGAUUCUUUUGUUUGUUUGUUUAUUUGUAUUUUAUUUGAAACCGGUCUGUUUCUGCUCGUAUCCUUUUCGUUCUCAUUGCAUCCACAUGUCGUGGAGGAAAAAUGGAGUUGAGUUAAACCCUCACAGGCUCGCCGCCGCCUCCUCCAGUGCUUCUCCAACCUCGCUACACGUUUAUUAGAAUACUUUCAAUUGAAUAUCGAUGAUGAUGAUGAUAAUAAUACAAAUAAUAAUGUAUUUGACUGAAAGAACCCAGGUGGUUUAUUUAGCUUGUCUGUUUUGCGGUCAAAGGUGUAACGCUCUCACUGUCUGUUGAAUAUGGGCCUGUGUGUGUGUGUGUGUGUGUGCGUGUGUGUGUGUGUGUGCGUGCAGGGAUUUAGCAGAGCAGCUACUUCUGUUGCCUAUGUGCCACUAUGUUGACCUUGAUAAUCUAGAUAUUGGGAGAUGAGAUGUACUAUCUGUCCAAGUCUUGAUGCACUUCUCAUUGUGGCAGAUGUGCUUAUGUGAAACGUAUAGCCUACAGUGUGCCGGCGGCCGGUUUAGAAAACAAACUAAACAUUUUGACUAGAAACUUCAGGCGUCAUCUACACAGCGGUCGGUUUGUGUAGUGAACAAGUUGUGUACAACCCACAACCCGACAUAACGGCAAUAAGGCCUCGUCCCCUCACUGUGGCUACACAAACCACUGGCAGUCCAAGCAACAGAACCAAUGGGCUUGUACAGCCUUAUUAAUUACUACUGAUCUCUUUCCAGUCUGUACAGCAGAAAAAAAAAAAGAUUGCAUGGAAACCUGUUACUGUAAUUAAUAACCUAUACAGUAUGUAAUAUUUAAGUUUUUUUUUUAAGAAACCAAAAAAAAACUUAACCUAUUUACCAGCAGCAAAAGAAACGAGUGAUUUAUUAUUAUUAUUGUUAUUAUUAUUAUUUUUUUUCUCCAAGGACGUGGCAUCAGGGGAUAAUGUUCUGUUUUAUUUCUAGCAGAGUUCGCUUAUUAAUUGUUUGCUUUUUAAAGGUCGAUGGAAAUCUUUUACUUACUUAUUUUGUGCUUGAAAUGUUGUAAAAUAAAGUUAAGAAUCAUGCUAAUAAUAUUUGAGGAUUUCUUUUACAUUUUUUUUGUUUUGUUUUUUUCUUUUUAACAGAAAGUUGGUUUGAGAAUAGCUGAGAUCUUUUUUUUUUUUUUCCCUCCAGAUCCAUUCAGCCCCUGUUCACGUCGCUCCCUUUAAAAAAGAAAAAGAAAAAAAAGAUUUGUAUUUAAAGUAAAAUGGUACAUCUAUUAUAAGCAUAAGCAAAGCACCUAGAUACAGAGUUAGCAAAAGAACCACUUUUAAAAACGUAUAUAAUUAUUUAUUAUUUUUAUCUGACACACAGGGGAUUCAUGAGCAGGGGCUGAUUUGAGAUUAGACACAGAUUUGAGUUUACACAGGCCAAUGUUGAAUGCUGGGUUAUGAAGUCUUUAACAUGUGUACGUGUGUUUGAAGGGCUUGCGGGUGGGUACAGUGGCUCCAGAGGCCUGGGAUUGUAAUUGUGGACCGGUGUAUGUGGUUAAUCCGACAAAAGCAAAGUCUAAUUUAUUAUUAUUUUAUUCGUGGAUUGAUGCUUGUUAAUUAUUCAUUCAUCAGAUUUUCUGCUGUAAAUGAUAGUUCUGAGCUUUUUUUUUUUUUUUAAAGAGCCUUUCUGCUCUAGUAAAGACAUCAUAUACUGUAGACUGCUGUCUGGCUGUCAAGCUUUACCUGGCAACCCUGUUUUAUUUGCCUAGUUCCUAUUCAGCAGGAUCUGGAGCCUUGUACCCACUACUGAGCACAGAAUUUCUGCAUUGCAUUGGUAAUAUUGAUUGUGCAUACAUAAUUUUAUAUAUAUGAAAACGACAUGGAAAUAAUAAAGAUUAUUUAUCUUGUUAUUUA